AGAAAAGAACUGAAAUGUUGCUCAGUAUACUCCCUUGUCUUCCUUGUGCAAGAAAGGAAAUCCUGACUUGAAGGCACAGCCACGGGACAAGUUAAUAUUCUUAUGUCUCUUGGACUUGGACCUAAAAACAGAUUAAUUGUUCACCUUUCCAGAUUCAUUUUUUCUGAAUCUUACCAACACAACACUCCUGGACUCAGGAACUGGAAAUAGAGGGAGAGAAAUAAUGGACUCAUCCAAAUCAUUUGUACUGAAGUGCGCAGAGAGGGGAUGCUUCUCUUCUCAAGCGUUCUUUCGGACUGUUGCUGCCAUCUCCAUUCUCCUUCUAAGUGGCUGUUUUAUCAUCAGAUGUGUGGUGACUUACCAUGUUUUCCUCACCUGUGACACGAGAAGGAUCCAGCCACAUGAAAACAUCACACAGCUGUCCUGCUACAGUGAUGGAUUAGGUUCAGUCAAGAAUUGCUGUCCAUUGAACUGGAAAUAUUUUCAGUCCAGCUGCUACUUCUUUUCUACUGACACCAUGUCCUGGAUAUCAAGCUCAAAAAGCUGCUCAAAUGUGGGCGCCCAUCUGGUGGUCAUCAACACACAGGAGGAGCAGGAAUUCCUUGCCCAUGCAAAACCUAGAAAGAAAGAGUUUUUCAUUGGGCUGACGGACCAGGUGAUCGAGGGUCAGUGGAAAUGGGUAGACGGCACACCUUUUAUGGAAUCGCUGAGCUUCUGGGAUGAAGGUGAACCCAACAACAUAGUCACCCUGGAGGAUUGUGCCACCAUAAGGGAUUCUGCAAAUCCAAAGAAAAACUGGAAUGAUGUACCAUGUUUCUUCAAUAUGCUUCGUAUUUGUGAAAUGCCACAAAUAAAUAAUUUGAACAAAGGAAAUCUCUAAGAACAGGAGGCACAUCUUAAAUGUGGAGCAGUAAGAACAUGACUGCAUCCACGACCCCAAAACUUGGAAAUACACAGUGCACUUGAUAAGGACUUCAUAAUUAUUUGUUACUCUGGGGGUCUUUAUUGUAGAGUAGCUGGUAAAGCCACCUCUUGUGACAUUGGCGCCAUAUGCAUAAUAGUUCAUGUCCCAGCUGCUCCACUUCCAGUCCAGCUCUCUGCUAAUGACCUGGGAAAAACAACGGAAGAUGAUUCAAAUGCUUGAGCUCCUUGCCCCAAGGUGGGAGACCAGGAAGAAACUCCUGGAUCCUGGCUUCAGUCUGACCCAGAUCUGUCCAUUGCCACUAUCUGGGGAAGAAACCAGCUGAUGGAGGAUCUCUCCCCCUGCCCAUAACUCUAACUUUCAAAUAAAUAAAUAAGUACAUCUUUUAAAAAUAAA